UGUCCUUCAGGGAACGUCUGCUCUGCGCAGGCGUAGUCCGGAUUGGCCCCCGAGUUGACAUCUCUGGGCUCGCCUUGGUCUGAGAACUAUAUCCUCUUGGAGUUGGAAGGAACUUCAGGGGCCUUCUGUUUCAAGUUAUACCUGAAUAGGAAUCUUUUCUAUACCAUCACACUCGUGCUCUUGAGAUGCAGCCUCUUCUCUGAGUUGUGCAGACUUGGAAGCAAUGGCCACCUUGUUCCUGACAGCCAAGUGCCAGGAAUCAGUGACAUUCAAGGAUGUAGCUGUAAACUUCACCCAGGAGGAGUGGGGACAGCUGAACCCCGCUCAGAGGGACCUGUACAAGGAUGUGAUGCUGGAGAACUAUAGAAACCUCAUCUCAUUGGGAUUUUCCAUUUCUAAACCUGAUGUAAUCUUCAAAUUGGAGCAAGGGAAAGACCCAUGGAUAUUUAACCUACAGAGAUCUGAAGAAGAAGACAUGCCAAAAGGCUCUCUAGUUUCAGAUUGGGAGAGUAGGCCUAACACCAAGGUGUCAUCUCUAAAGACGAAUAUUUCUGAAAAAGAAUCUUUUGAGACAUUAAUGGAAAAGCUCAGAGAGCAUCGUCUAGAUACUGCAUUUGCAAGAGUUUAUAUACCUGAGGGCAGAUUGGAGAGGCAGAGAGAAAAUUUAAAAGAGAAGAGUUGGAAUAAAUUCCUUUUCCGUGAGAUGAAUUUCAAACAAUUAUCAGUCAGCUUUCCAGACAAUCCCACCAAGGAGAGAAGUCUUGAAUGUAAAGAAUGUGGGAAAAAAUUUUUUGAACACCCAUCUCUUACUCGACAUCAAAAAAAUCAUAAUGGAGAGAAACACUAUAAAUGUAAUGGAUGUGGAAAAGCCUUCUCUAAACAUUCCUCCUUAACUGAACAUGAGAGAAUUCAUACUGGAGAGAAGCCCUAUGAAUGUGAUGAAUGUGGGAAGGCCUUUCGACAAAAAGGCACACUUAUUCUACAUCAGCUAACACAUAGUGGAGAGAAACCUUAUGAAUGUAAAGAAUGUCAGAAAUCUUUUAGUCUUAGAAGUAGCUUUUUGAGACACCAGGUAUCUCACACAGGAGAAAGUCCUUACAAGUGCAUUGAAUGUGGAAAAGCUUUCAUUAAUUUUUCGUCUCUUAGUCGCCAUCAGAGAAGUCAUAAUGAAAAGAACCCUUAUGAGUGUAAUGAGUGUGGGAAAGUCUUUUUUGACCGAUCAUCCAUUACUCAACAUCAGAGAUCUCACAAAGGAAAGAAACAUUAUGAAUGUAAUGAAUGUAGAAAAGUCUUUUCUACACAUUCAUCUCUUACUGAACACGAGAGAAUUCACACUGGAGAGAAACCCUAUGAAUGUGAUGAAUGUGGUAAAGCCUUUGUUAAUUGUUCAUCCCUCAGUCGACAUCAGAGAAUUCAUACUGGGGAGAGUCCCUAUAAAUGUAAUGAAUGUGGGAAAGCUUUCCGACAGAAAGGUACACUUAAUCUGCAUCUGCUAACACAUACUGGAGAGAAGCCUUUUGAAUGUAGUGAAUGUGGGAAAACUUUCAGCCAUCGAAGUAGUUUUUUGAGACAUCAGAUUACUCACACAGGAGAAAGUCCCUACAAAUGUGGGGAGUGCGGUAAAGCCUUCAUUAACUGCUCAUCUCUUCGUCGACAUCAAAGAAUUCAUACUGGUGAGAGCCCUUAUGAAUGCAAAGAAUGUGGCAAAGCUUUCCGACAAAAAGGUACCCUUACUCUACAUCAGCUAACGCAUACUGGAAAAAAGCCCUAUGAAUGUAAUCAUUGUAAAAAAGCCUUCUUGAAACAUUCAUCACUUAUUCCACAUCAGAAAAUUCAUGCUGGAGAAAAUCAUGAAUGUAGCAAAACUUUCUUUAACUGCUCAGCUCUUAAACAACAUAUACAUUAUGGAGAGAAGGCCUACAAAUAUGUUGCAUGUAGGGAAGGCUUCCUUGAUUUCUCAUCCCUUACUCAAUAUCAGGAAACUUAUAAGGGUAAGAAUCAUUAUGAAUAUAAUGAAUGUGGAAAAGCCUACUAUAAACAGUCAUCCUUUCAUGAAUUUGAGAGGAUUAAUACAGUAAAGAAACCGUAUGAAUGUGGCAAAUGUGGGAAAGCCUUCAACUCCAAAAGUAGUUUUAUGGCACAUCAUAUGAUUCACAGAGGAGAAAGUCCCUAUGCAUGUAAUGAAUGUGGGAAAACCUUUUUUUACCAAAAAUCCAUUAAUCGACACCAGAGAAUUCAUACUACACAGAGGCCCUAUGAAUGUGAUAAAUGUGGGAAAGCCUUCCUUGACCGGUCAACUCUUACUCAACAUCAGAGGACUCAUACUGGAGAGAAGCCCUAUAAGUGUAAUAACUGUGGAAAAGCUUUCAGCCAUAGAAGUAGCUUUUGGAGACAUCAGCUAACUCAUACAGGAGAAAGUCCCCAUGAAUGUAAUGAGUGUGGGAAAACCUUCUUUGACCGUUCAUCUCUUACUCGACAUCAGAGAAUUCAUACUGGAGAGAAGUCCUAUAAAUGUAAUAACUGUGGAAAAGCCUUCCUUAAACAUUCAUCCCUUACUAUACAUGAGAGAAUUCAUACUGGUGAAAAACCCUACAAAUGUGAUAAAUGUGGGAAAGCAUUCUUUAUGGCCUCUUCUCUUACUCGACAUCAAAGAAUUCAUACUAGUUAGUCCCUAUGAAUGUAAUGUGAUAAAUCCUCUAACCAUCCCAUGUAAUACAUGAGAUAAUUCAUAUUAGAGAGAAAUUUUAAUUAUAUAGCUGGUGUGGAUAAAUGUUCAGUAGCAAGUUAUUUGUUAGCAUUAUUAAGUCUAGGGGUAUAAUUACACAGGAAAAACUUAAGUCAUACUUUUAACAUGGGUCACUUUUUAAAACUUCAGAUUGAGAGGUAAGACAAGACACCCCAAAAUACUUUAAAUUGCUCCCACAUUAAAGUAUCUAAAACUGAUGGUGCUUCUUACUUUUAUCCAAUAUCUAUCCCUUUGCCACCAGCCUUUUUGGGCACCUGAUCUCUAUUGUGAACCUGGCCUGAGGUACCUCAAAUAUAAAAUGUAUCUCUUAAGAAUCCCACCUUCCCCAAAGCUGACAGAACCCUUGGGGUUCACAAAUUUGUGAAGGGAGAACUUAUAGGAAAUUGGGAGGAAAGGUUGUAAAACAGCAUAUUUUCUCAAUCUCUGCCUUAACAAUAGCAUCACAGACACCAAAAGGAGAAGAAGCAGGGCCGCCAGAAAUACUCAUAAAAAAUUGUUUUCAGAAAAGGAAUUAUCAAUUGGCAAACAAAAGUUCCAAUGUGAUAAACAAAUACUAUAUAUUUUUGUUGAUUUAUUAGCAUUGUUUUAGUCCAGUUUUCCCCCCCCAGUUAUACAUUUCCUGAAUAGUUUCUUUUUGCCACUUCUCUUAUGUUGAAUUAUCCUGCUGCCCAACUGUUGCCAGCAUAAAAGAUGUAAUGAAAUUAGCAAAAAUAUCAUGAAGCUAAAGAAUGAGUUCAUCACUAAGGAUUUUCAGGGGAAGGUGAUCAUGAAACUCGACAGCCUGGAAACUUCCAUGGCAAAUGUAUGUAAAAUUAUGGAUUCUCUGAGAAACAGAAUAGUUACGCUAGAGGACAAAAUGAUAGAAUAACAAAAAAAAAAAAAACCCAGAAAAGUACCCAACUCAAAAAGUAUCUGGAAACUAUGCAAACAAAUGUUAUAGAUCUGGAAGACAGAACACAGAGAGAGAGCUUUUGGGUUCCCUGAAAACUGAAGGAGGAAAGAAUUUGACAAUUAUAUGACAGAAAAUUAUAUAACAAAAUAUCUGAAAUGCUGAAAACAAAGGUCAAGCUGCAGAUCAAAAUGAUCAAGACAAAUCAGAGAAAGGAACUAAAGACCAAAUAAGAAGAAAGCAUCUUCCACCUAAUCUUUGUCUUCUGCCUCCUUGUUGAUUAGAGGUGCACUAGGUUCCUUAAGGUUAUGCCAGCAGAGGUCUGGAAGAUUUUACACCAAGCUGGAAAACUACUAGUAUGGUUCUGAUGCUGUCAUUGCACAGAACAAUGAAAUGGGUGCUCUGUCAUUCCUGGAGAAAUGAGACUAAAGCUUCUUAUGAAGACCAUCCACUAAGGUGUUUAAAGGAGUUGUGAUCUGCAUUGGUAGAGAGAUUACCCACACUGACAAAUUCACAGAUUCAUGACAGAGAAUUGGUGUACAUAUAUUUAAUAUAAAUGUAGGUGCACAUAUAUACUGACAAAAAACAUAACUUAUUGUUUUGGGUCCAAGUCAAUUUGUUAACAUCUAUUUUACCUAGAUAGAGUAGUAACUCAGACUGGUAACCAAAGACACAUAACAGAUUAGUGUUUGAUAAAUGAAAGCCCAGACAACAAUGGGGAAGGAAUUAUUCAAUGAAUAAUGGCAGCUAGGUGGCACAGUGGAUAAAGCACUGGGCCUCGAGUCAGGAA